UAGGGAGGCGUUACCCGUGUCCUUGCCUCAUAAAUAAAAAAAAAACAAACGCGCGCUUUUUUAUCUGUGCAGAAAAAUAAUAGGCGGGAAAUUUUUAAACGUCAAACGAAAUUAAUCGUUCACGUAAAAUUACCUAAGUGAUGUGUUGUGAAUUUGUUAAAUGUGUUAUAUUGUAACUUUUUGAAGGAAUAUAAGUCGGUGUAUUGGAAAACAUAAAUGAUAUUAAAAGAGAAUAAUGGGAUUACGGGACAGACGAGGAAUGUACAUCUUAAUGUUGAUUUUAUAUGGAAUAGCUGAUAUUGACACCAGUCUCCCGGUAGACAUAGGAUCUGAAGAAAAAGUGGUCCCCCCCACAACCAUAACCCCCCCUCCUCCAUCCCCCACGACAACCACACUACCCAACACAUACGCAACAGCCAUCCCCCCUAUCCCUCCCAGUAAUAGGGACAGGUAUCUCACCUUCGCGGAGUCAGGGCAUCACCAGACCUUCAUGUUCGCUAAGGACAAUACGUAUAUACAACUCGAUGGAGAUAUUAUACAGAGAUUUCAAUUGAGAUUAUGCAGAGAAAUAUCAUUUAAAUUCCGUACAAGGCUUCCCCACGGCCUUUUGGUAUAUCAUAAUGUGAAAAACCCAGUUUUUAAGAUGCAACCAUAUGCGUUAUAUGUUAUUGUAGAAAAGGGUGAACUUAAAGUUGUCCACGUAUUUGGUAAGCAUCUAACUUCGGUAACAGUAGGUAGAGCCUUAAAUAGAGAUCAGUGGCAUAGUGUCGUAGUUACUAUAGAUGUGCAUGGAGCAAGGCUUAUCGCUAAAGUCGAUCAGUUGAAGGAGGAAGUUUAUUUGAAGGGUCUGAGUUUUGACACCAAUUACGGAAUCACGGACAAUCUAACAUCGGUCAUUCUUAUUGGAGGCCUAAGUUCCGAAGAAAAACUGCACGGCGUGAAAUACAUAAUAGAAUCAUUUGUCGGUUGCAUCAGCGAUAUGGUGUUAAGUUCAGGCAAAGCUGCAUCCGAUCUCUUACCAAUAGUCCCUUUAAUCGCCACGAAACACGAAAACGUUAAAGAGGGUUGCAUUAAUAAGUGUAAAACUGUAGAAAACCUCUGUUUCGAAGGUUCUAGAUGUAUUAACGAAUAUAAUGGAUAUAGGUGUGAUUGUUUCGGGACGUUGUAUGAAGAACAGCUCUGCGAUGUUUAUACGGCGACGAUACUAACAUUGCGAGGCUCUAGCUACGUCUCGUAUCGGGUGUAUGAUUGGAAGGACCGCGUCCAUUCCACCUAUACAAGGGUUAGCUUGCAUUUUAAGACACGUUUUGACGAUUCCGCGCUUUUUUACGCGAGCGGUCAAAUUGACGAUAAGCACCAUUACAUUGCUCUUUCAAUACACCAAGAAAAAGUGGCCAUUCAAAUUGACCUAGGCGAUGGACCAGUGGAAGAUUACUUAGGCAAAAAAGUCAAUAACAACCGGUGGCAUAAUAUAACUGUUAUUGUAUUGGAAAAAGAAGUUUUCGUUUAUCUAGACGAUAUAAGUGCUACUUACGAAAUUCCUGGCGAUGCCAAAUUUGUUUGUAUCGAUCCAGAAAUAUACAUUUGUGGAGGUCCAGAUUUGUAUAAAAUGAAAGGGUUGAAGUCGUUUAACAAUUUUGCUGGAAAUCUCAAGUACGUGUAUUACAACGAUGUAUCAAUAUUGUAUGAAUUGAAACAGAACAACCCUAAAGUACAUUAUAUUGGAGCUUUAGAUCCUGAAUUUGAAGAAAUCGAUAUAGAAGUGAUUCCUAUAACUUAUCCAUUCGCGACGUCUCAUAUUUGGUGGCCGUUGAAUACUAGUAACAGCAUUAAUUUGAUAUUUGAUUUUAAAACUAGCAAGAAUAUGGCUGUAUUGGCUUAUAGUCAGAUAACGUCUGGACAAGGAUACUUUGAGGUAAGAAUGGUAAAAGAGGAAAUAAGAUUCGAACUAGUUCCCGACGUAGGUAAGAAUGUGACGGUUUUAAAGUCGGUUAAAUUCAACGUAAGUAACGACUGGCAUAAUGUAGAGCUAGAUUAUAGGAAAGGAAGAAUCAAACUAACUGUGGACUAUCAUAAUAAACAUGCGCAAAUGUUUGGUUUAGAUUUUCAGUUGCAAGACAAAAUUGUGAUUGGUAGCGGCUUGAAGUCCGCUAAUCUUGGAUUGAUUGGAUGUAUGAGAAAUAUUAAAAUCAAUGGACUACUUAUAGAACCACGAUACGUUAUAAACACAGAGCGUGUAGUAGGCGAAGUAGCAAUAGACGACUGCCGCUAUGUAGACCCGUGUACCCGACCCAACACUUGUGAGCAUGGCGGUAUAUGCUCUAUCAGAGAGGAUAGAGUUAUUUGUAAUUGUGAUAAUACAGGAUACAUAGGCGAGAACUGUCACUUCGCGACAUUUAGGAAGACCUGUGAAGAACUAGCUCUACUAGGUUAUACUAGAAAUGAUGUGUAUCUCAUAGAUAUAGAUGGAAAUGGAAGAUUUCCACCAGCUCAUGUUAAAUGUGAGUUCCAAAUAGAAGCCGAUUCGUCCACCACUGUUGUGGAACAUAAUCUACCUAGCCAAGUGGAUGUAAGGUCAGCAUCAGGUCAAGACUUCAGCUUUAAAAUCAAAUACAGAGAGUUCACCGCGGAAAUGCUACAAGAGCUUAUAUCCCAUUCGUUGUUUUGUCGACAGUACAUUAAGUACGAUUGCAAUAUGGCGCCAUUGGAGUUGCACAGCGCUACUUGGUUUAUUUCCUCUUCUAACGAUACUGUUGAUUAUAUUGGCAACGUCAAAAGGGGUUACUGCCCAUGCGGUGUAAACGCAACUUGCGUGAACCCCACACAAUCUUGUAAUUGUGAUGCCAAUGAAAACAAAUGGCACUCUGAUGAGGGUACACUUGUAGACCCAAAGAGUUUGGGAAUUACUGAAAUGUUCUUCCUACAACAGAAGGACUUGACUGAGGAGGCUCAGGGCAGGAUUACUUUGGGUCCCUUGGAGUGUGUUGAAACUAAUACCCAACGCUACGUAGUAACAUUUACAACAUCACAAUCAUACAUAGAAGUACCUGGUUGGAGGAAAGGGGAUAUCGCCUUUAGUUUCAGAACUACAGGCACAAGCGCUAUAUUAUUAUUCCAACCACCAAUCCGACCUAAUUAUCCUUCAUUUAUGGUCGCUUUAACUAGUGAGCAUGAAUUAACAUUUAACUUUACAUUAAAUACGGGAACUACAAGGAAGUUAGUGAUUAACUCCAAAAGAAAGCUAAAUGGAGGCGAAUGGCACAAAAUCUGGAUCGAUUAUAACUUCUAUCACGUUAGGUUUAUGCUAAAUACGGAAUAUCAGAUGCUCAAUUUGUUGCUCGAAGAAGAAUUCGGACCGUUUGAAGGAUCUAUGUUUAUAGGAGGUGCUACAGCAGAACACCUCAAAAAAUCAGCCGUGAACCAAGGCCUCAUAGGUUGUUUCAGAGGUUUAGUAGUAAAUGGUGAAAUUCUAGAUAUAUACAGUUAUAUGUCUGUCCAUUUGUCUGAAAUAAUAAAGGAUUGUAAGCCUUCUUGUGUUCCAAACCCUUGUCAGAAUAAAGCCACUUGUAAAGAACUUUGGUCCACUUAUGAAUGCAUUUGUAAAAACCGUUGGGCUCAUUUGGGAGAGCAUUGUGAAGAAAAUAUAAAUGAAAAAGCACUAACAUUCCAAACACGAGAAGCGUACUUGAAGAAAAAUUACUUAGUAGACAAUGCAACUGACGCAGAAAAAGCAAGACUCAAAAGAAUGAUGGUAGAAAACGUUCUAAUGAAUCUUAGAACUUACGACGAUAAUGCUCUAGUUUUAUAUGCGAAUGACAAUCUUAAUAAUUUCAUACAUUUAUUCAUUCACAAUGGCACAGAAAUCAUAUAUUUGUUCAAUAAUGAAGACGAAAUAGUAGAAAUGAAUGUCACUUAUGAGCAUAUAAAUAAAGGGGAAAGUGUACAAAUAGCUAUUAUAAGAACUGAAAAUAGUACCACGUUACAUGUAAAUGAUAAAAAUACGACUAUUAACAAAGUGGCCAAGUUAUUGUCUAAUUAUACUAAUAAGCCAUGGAAGAAUCCAGAAUUGGAGGUGAUCCGUCCCCAAAGACCCCCAGCUCCUCCGACAGAUUAUUUCCAAAUGAAUUUAGGCGGUUUCGAUAGUGACUCGUUGCAAUUGGCUCCUAGAGCGGGCAGCUUGCCGCAAGGGGGUUACGUGGGCUGUGUGCGCGGGCUUAAGAUCGCGGAUCAUGUUGUCGAUCUGUCUAAGAAGGCGCAGCAGAAUAUUGAUCAGGACUUAACAGGCGUACUACCGGAAUGCAAUAUGAAAUGCGAUUCAGAGCCUUGUAAAAACGGCGGCAUUUGUACCGAAGACUUCACCAACCAAGAGAGUAGCUGUGAUUGUGAACUCACUAGUUAUUUCGGGGAAUAUUGUAUGGAGGAGAAAGGGGCUGAUUUUAAUGGGGAGAGCAUUCUGGAGAGGAAAUUUUCGCUACCACAAACUAUAAAUACGGUAAAAAUAAAACUAGCGUUUUCAAGCAACGACCUUCGACAGAAAAAUACAGUACUCCUGCUUGUACAAACGGAAAACAAACGAAGCUAUUACUUAUUAGUAGCAAUAACACAAGAUGGUUACUUGAAGUUCGAAGAAGACAGGGAAGAUGCCACUUAUGGAGCUGAAGUUAAAAACAGAAACUUUUUGAACGGCGCUCGACACACAGUAUACUAUACUCGAGUAGACGAUGAGACCAAACUUCUCAUAGACAGAAUAGAAGUGCCUCUAGAGAAACUACCUCCCCAAGGUCUAUGGGAAAUUUUUGAUGUGGGUUCAAAUGAGGUCCAAAUCGGAGGACUUAAUACUUCUGACCCGAGACUUAAGAUUUAUAAGGGCUAUAAUGGUUGCCUAUCGAACAUCCUGGUAUCAAUAAACGGGUACGACAUGAAACCCCUCGAGGAGUACAUGUUAUUCACGCGGUCCGACAGCGCGGUGAACGCGGUGAACGCGCGUGGCGUGCGCAGCGCGCAGUGCUCCAGCGACUUCGACGAGGCGUGGGAACGGGACCCGCUUGGGGCUGAUAACGGCAGCUUUCUUAUUAGUGUAGACAAAACCUGGGUAGAAGACCCGCCCUCCCGCAUCCCGUUCGACUCGCGUCACACACAACCAGACGCUGAGGAAGAAAGUGCUGAUAGGAUCUUCAUAGCUCUCAUUGUGGUGUUCGUUUGUGGCUUGUGUUAUUGUGGAUCACAUAUGUGGCGAACACAGAAAGCCUACAAAUUACGAUUAGAAAAGGAAACAGAUGAAAACAUAAUGAGGAAUAAAGAAAAGGCGACAAAACUGCAAGAACCGAGUGUGUCGUUUAUGCAGUUAAACAAAGAAGAAGCAGAAGCAGAUAAGAAAUCAAACGGAGUUAUAAUAGAUGUCGUACCAACUAUUAUAGUUGAGACUAAUGAAGAGAAACCGCCUAGUAGGAGAGGCUCCUUACGGUUUAGAGAUAUGGUAGACAAAGAGAUUGCAUGGGUACCUUUAGAAGAAAAAGAUGAACCGUCUGAAAACGAAGAUGACACUUCUGAAUCUUCUAAUAAUGAUGAAGAAGAAGAAGUAGUGAAACCAACUCACAAUAGCAUCCGAUCGUCACUCUCUCAACUUCCAUACAAAAUUGACGAAGAAACCGCCAUAGAAUUAACAACCAACGCUUAAGAAUAAUAAAUAAAUACCUAUCUAUAUUUAAAC